AUGGCAAUGUUUCGCCCACCGCCGCGACAGGCGCAGGAAUUGCCAAUUUUCACCGGAGCCUACACGGAUUGGCUCCCGUUCAAGCGCGCGAUGAUAGACUCAACCCGAAUGUACAAAUUCUCAGACGCGGAGAAUUUGGCGCGUUUACGAGUCAGCCUGAAGGGAGAACCGAAAGAAGCAGUCGCUGCGCUCCUGUACACGGCUACGAAUCCGUCCGUAAUUAUGGAUACGUUAGAGCAAUGUUUCGGUAAGCCGGAACUUAUAGUGGAACGCACCGUUAGCGAGCUUAGGCGUUUGCCGCGACCCGACGGAACGGCAACGGGUUUAAACAGCUUCGCCGUUAAGGUGCAGAAUGUCGCCUGCGUAUUAGGAAAUCUAGCCCACUGGCACUUGUAUGAUUCCACGCUAGUACGCGACUUAGUAGAAAAGCUCGACACGUACCGGCAGACCAAGUGGUGCGAGUACGCGGACGAACACCGAAUGGAAACCGAACCCGAGAUCGUCAAGCUGUCGCGGUUUCUAAUGCGCGAAGGGGACCUGGCGAUUCGGUAUUUACACUCGGCCGCAAAAGAAACAGCACCAGCGAGGCACGACCCGAAGCCCCGCCCACCGCGUACGCGCCGCCCCGAACGUAGGAACGUGUACAACGCCACCGCGGAAAACAAGGAGCCAAGGAAAUCGGUUUGCCUUUGUUGCGGCGGCAAUCACUCGGUCCCGCGAUGUUGGAAGUUCUCAGCCAUGACGGUGGAGGACCGUUGGAAGUGGGCCAAGGAGGCGUACGUGUGUUUUAAGUGCCUAAUAGAGAAACAUCGCCGCUUCAAGUGUAGGGCGAAGUCGUGCGGAGUCGACGGCUGUGACUCCCCGCACCACGCUUUGUUGCACACGCAGCGUAAGCCGGUUUCGAAACCCGAGACACCGAAGGUCGAGACGGUUCUCAAUACGUCGGUGUUGGUCAAGGAAAACAGCGGAUCGGUCUUGCUGAAGGUGCGUCCAGUUAGCGUGAUAGGGCCUAACGGGCAACGCGCAAAUACGUACGCUCUACUUGACGAGGGAUCGACCGUCACUUUGAUAGACGCGGAAAUAGCGGACCGCAUAGGGGCCGACGGGCCCACGCGAAAACUACGUAUUCACGGACUAGGGUCUAGUCAGAGCGAACCGACUAGUAAGGCCGUAGAGUUAAGUAUAUGUGGAAAGUCGGGUGAAAGUCACAAAGUUAUUGCGCGAACCGUACAUAACUUGAAAUUAGCGAGACAGACUAUAGACUCGUCGUGCUUGGAAUACGCGCACUUACGAGGUCUCGAUAGGUCGGAAGUUUGCUAUAAUAACGUGAAACCAGGCAUCUUGGUAGGGGCCGAUAACUGGCACUUGAUCGUGUCGCGUCAGUUGUUGGUAGGAGGGCGCCGCGAACCGGUCGCUUCCCUCACGAGCUUGGGCUGGACGGUACACGGAACGGUACCGAAAGUUAUUAACUCGACCGCGAACGAAAACGUCUUUCAUGCAUAUACGUACCGAGCGGACAUAUCGCGCACUUGUAACGAUCUCGACGAACGGCUCGAGGAUCGUAUGAAACGACACUUCGCUAUAGAUAAUGUAGGGAUUUCUAAAAUAGCGAAGCCGUCGCGUAGCGAAGAAAGAGCGCUCGACAUAUUCGCGCGAACCGCGAAACGAAUAGGCCACCAAUUUGAGGUAGGACUGCCGUGGAAAGACGACGCAGUUGUCAUGCCGCCGAGCUACGAUAUGGCGCUCCGCAGGCUGCGAACGAUCGAACGGAAAAUGGACGCGUCGCCGGAAUUUAAACACGAAUACAAAGCGCAGGUGCAGAACCUUUUAGACAAGGGGUAUGCGGAGCCGUGUCAGGGAAACGAAGCGGACAGCCCGAUCGGUUGGUUCCUUCCGCAUUUCGCCGUGCGGAAUGUAAAUAAGCCGGGCAAAUUGCGCUUAGUACACGACGCCGCCGCCACUGUUAACGGCACUUGCUUGAACGACAAGCUCUUAGACGGGCCCGACUUGUUACGAUCGUUGCCGGGCGUAUUAUUCCGUUUUAGGGAACGCGACGUAGCCGUAUCGGCGGACAUACGCGAGAUGUUCAUGCGUAUUAAGAUACGCAAAGCCGAUCAGCCCGCCCAAAUGUUCCUAUGA